AUGUCCCAGGAGAUAUUAGUGAUAAUAUGGAGCCUUGUGGUGGACAAUGUGACAUUUGUCAAUGCACAGGAAGACCAGUCGCUCGAGAAGGAUCAGCCAGGGAGUGCCGGACACCUCACACAUGCAGACUGGGGGACACCAAAGGGGUCGGAUGGCGGCGCUUUUGCCAUGUGCCUCUAUCAAGAUGCGCCCAGUAGUUGGACGCACCUUGUGCUACUGCACGGCUGCCACAUGACCCUCUACACUGUCGGUAGCAACCCUGGGGCGCCAACUUUGGCGCCCGCGCCCUCUGCCCAGAGGCUCAGCUGGGACCAGGCUGAGGAUAUAUCUCUCCAUGACACCUCAGCCAGGAGCUCAGCAGCGGGUGUGAAAUCUGUGGACGGAGGUUCUGGGACCGACUCUGACGGCAAGGUCGGCGUCCGCCGCACGAAGUCGGUGCGGCCGCUGUCAAAGCUGACAUCAGCGCUGCGCGCUGACCUGGACCUGCUGGUCAGGUGCGUGUCAGCGCCAGCUCAGCUCGCUGAUGUGGCAGACAGCAUCAGCGCACCAAGGGUUCACGGCCAGCCGCAGCCUAAUAACAUGAUCUCGCCAAAGACACCAGCCACGGAUGAUCUCAGCACGGUCGUCAAGCUGAGGAUCAAGACAGGGCCGCGCAGCCAGCAUCACACCAAGACGCCUCGCGCGCCCAAGCCGCAGGACAGCGCCGAUCUCGGGCAGGUGGUGAACAGCAUAAGGAGCGCCUCGCUGAGCUCAGCGUCCGGCCAGAACAGGCGCGUGAGCUUCGCUGAGCUGGACGAGGUGGUCGACGGCGUCGCCUCCUCCGCCAAAUACCCUCCCAGCCCGCACCCUCGGAAGAUCUCAGGCGCGGCUGCAGUCCCGCAGCGAUCGGCGCUGAAGACCGCUUCACCGGCGGCUCGGCUAAGCAACAGCAGCGCCUCAAACGCGCCGCACAGCCCACAUGAGCUGGUUCUCAUCACUGCACUGCGCGCCACUGUGUCAGCCGACAACAAGCAGCCUGCCACCGACGCUGUUGUGCCGCACGCCGCCGCAGAGCAGGUCAGAGCCGGUCAUGAAGGGUCUUUGGUAGACACGCACCAUUCCAAGAAAGGCACUACGACAGACAGAGGUGGAGCGCAGCUGGGAGCCCCUGGCGCAACAGAGAACAGCGUGCCUGCACGGAGCAUAAGUGCUCUGCAGGCUAAGGUUGCCCGGCUGAAGGCGCACUGGUCGUCCAUGCUCAAGCCAGCCGCUGCUGCCGCAGGGGAGGCCCCUGUUGCACUCAAGGGGUCUGAGCAGAACCUCCUGCCACAUCAGGGCGCAGACCAUCUGAUCAGGGCAAAGAGCAGCUCGGCGCCGAGUCUGGGCAGGCCCAGUCUGGUUCACCAGCUGGCAGCAAGAGGCCCUGUGGUGGAGAGUCGGAUCACUGGCUGGGCGCAACCAGGGGCAGGUCCGAUAAAACUCACAGCAAUGUUCAGCCGCGCUAGCAAGCAGUCAGCCAGUGUGCGACGGACAGGCCAUGCGCAUGGGCAGGCAUCACGUCUUAUGCUGGAGAGUAAAAGUGUGCAUAAGAGCAGCGCAGGCCUGGACUCCUACACGCUCACACCGGCAGCUGCUGUGGCGGAGGACGAGAGUGACAGUGACUGGCUGCCCCUUGCCGACUUGUGGGGCCCCACUGUCUGCGUCCUGCCAGCCGCCCAGUCAACCAACCCCACCGCCAAGAGAGCCAGCACUACUACAUCGCCUGCAGCCUCAAUCAUGGCAGCUUUUCCCUCUCCAGGGAGCGCAUUUGAGGAAUCGCUACUCCCAGCCAGCAGAGGCCGACUGGCUCAGAGGGACGCAGGGCCUGUGGCAGAGGCUGUGGAGGAAGAAACAGAGAACGAAGACGCCGCUCUGAUGACACCGCCAGCGAGUAUAGCUUUUAUAUCGGUCAAGGAAGGCAGCGGAUUUGGUGAGCUGCCGCAACAGAUGCAAGAUGGACAGGUGGAAGCUGGCUUGACACUGGACCAGCAGCUGAGCAUCGAGCGGCCCAGGGCAUCCCCCCGGCCGGGCAGCUCCGGGCAGCUGCCCAGGCAGGUGCUGGAAGCUGACGCUAAAGCUGCCGGAAGCCUCGACCGCUACUAUUCCCUGCCCGCCACACUGUCGCUGCCGCCAACGGUGUCGCUGGAUGCGCCGCUGCUGCAGAGCCGCACCUCUCUGCUCCCCGGCGCCUGGGCGAGUGGCGCCUACGGCGAUGCAUUGGAUGAGUUCUUCCUGGACAGCCCCACCAUGCUGGACGGCCCGGUGGUGGACAAUGGCGAGCCGACAUUUGAGAACAGCAUGAUGGCGCGGCACGCCAGGCAGAACGGCCGGGGCAAGGAGCGAGGGAGGAACAGCAGCUCCAAACGCGCCUCCAUGAAGAGAAAAACUCAAGGGGAUGUCACAAGCAUGGACGGCGACCCAAAGCUGAAGGAAUCGCCACGGCGUAGCCUGUCGCCCUUCAGCGCGCGAUUCGCAUUCAGCUGGCACCGCGCGGCACAGGAGAUGCGGCCCCCGGUGCCGUCACCCGGCCCGGCCGCGCCGGCGGCAAACAUUGCGCGGACGGCCACUGCCGCAGACGAGGAGCAACAAGAGCACCUCCCUGAAUACCUGCACACCCGCGUGGGGCCUCUGGAGGAAGGCCUGGUGGCAGCGCGGUCGAAUGCAUUACUGCUGAAUACCCCUGAUCCCCUGAGAAUGGACCCUAUGCGAACUCUUGGUUCUGCGCGGCGACGGCGGCGCAGGUCGACAGCUUCCUCUGAGGAGCCGCCGCCGCCGCCGCCGCUGCGCAGCGAGAAAGACCCGUUAAACAGGGACCCGGUGCAGUAUGCGGCCAGCCCGGUGCGGCGCAUGGAGACGGCCAGCGCGCGGCGCCGCCGGCCGCCGCAGCCGGCACCGGGGGAUGCCGCGCCUGCUCAGGCAACCCCUGGUGCUGUGCCCAGCCGCGCUGAUGUGGUGCCAAUUGCGGAGGCAGCUUCCAAGGAUCCUGCGGCAGAUGCAGGCCCUUCUGCAACGCAGAAGGGCACAAUCAAGGCUGGCCUUGUUGUGACUGCCGCGCCGAGGAAGGAAGAUGGUCGGUAUGGGGAGGGACAGGCUGAUCACCGUGCACCGGAUGACUUCGCUGCGACCCCGCCGCGGCUGUUGCACCCGCAUCGCCUGAGUGGAUACACCCAGCAGCAUGCCGCGCCAGCAGAAAACAGCGGCAUCAGGCUGGUUGAUGUGGACUGGAGAUGGGGUGAGAACCGCGCUGGCAGACCCCCAUCUGCCUUCUGGGAUGGCUUUAAGAGCAGCUCUGCCAGGAGCGACCCACAGUGGGAAAGCAAUUUAAGGCUGCUGCGAGUGGACGUGCAGCAGACAAAGCCCUCCCCCAACUUCAGAAAGCAGUCUGGGGCCUUUGCUUCUGUGCAGACAGCUGCCGCGCGUGCAACAGAUCCCCAAGAAGAAUCCAUCAGCCUGCUGCACGAGCUCAAGGGCCUCGUGGCAAGCCUGAAGACAUCGCAGACCCAAAAAGAUGGCACACAAGAGGCAGGCGCAGCAAAGAAGGUGGCGGCGGCCAGGUGCAUCCAAUCGGUGUACAGGGGCCAUGCGGUGCGGCGCAGCGCGUCUCUGCUGCGGCUUGCCCAGCGCAACAGGGCCCCCGCAUCCCCCACAGAGACCUCCAAGAGGGACGCCGCAACGCAGAUAGACGACCGCACGGCGCAGUCAGCACAGGAAGCCAAGCCAGAGGGCUGCCUCCCCAUGUACCGGGCCGUCCCUGUUCGCGCAGUCUACGUGAGCCCAGGCCACACCAUGGCCGCCACCAAGCUGAACGGUGCAGCACUGACCCCACAGCCGCCGCUGGCCACGACUGCCGCCGAGGUGGCUGCACUUGACAGCUUGCGCGCGCAGAUGAGCCAGACUGCUGCCACAAAUUCACAUGGCCACUCGCUGAGGGGAGCCUCAGGGGCUGACUGGCAGUCUUUAGGUGCGAGGGGCAACCAGGGCUUGGGAGCUGGAGGCGGCAAGGGCAGCCCCAGAACCAAGUACAUCCACCCUUCCACUCACCCCGGAGCCUCCUGGGGCAGCCGCCAUGCGCACCACAUCAGUCUUGACAGACCAGCCAGCAGCUUUUCCGCCAAGAUUGGAAAAGGCCAAAAGGUGGCCACUGCAACAGGGAGAAGAGAGGACAACUCGGACAUGCAUGCGAUUGCUGCCCAGCUGAAAGGGGUGAUGGCAUCAUUGGCUGACGUUGAGAAGAUUGCAGGCGCACUGCAGGCUGACAGCGAAGCAUCCCGAAAGGUGACCUCUCGGGCAUGA